AUGGAUCAAGCAUUGAAUCCUACUGCAAUUAAUAGUUACUUGUCUGCUAUUGAAGCUUUGAGUGGAACUAAUUUUAAGAAAUGGAAUGAGCAAAUUGGAAUUAUUUUGGGAAUUAUGGAUUUAGACUAUGCAUUAAGAGAGCAAGCACCUACAAAGCCUAAUGAUACAAGUUCUAAUGAACAAAUGGCUUUAUAUGAAAAAUGGGAACGCUCUAAUCGCUUAAGUCUAAUGAUUAUGAAAGGCUCAAUUAUGCCUGCAAUUCAAGGAGCAAUCCCUAUUUCUGAAAGUGCAGUGAACUAUAUGAAAUCUAUUGAAGAACAAUUCAUUCGAACUUCCAAAUCCCUUGCUAGUACUCUUAUGAUUAAAAUGAUGACAAUGAAAUAUGAUGGUUUGAGUGGUAUCAAUUAUAAUACGCAAAAAGAUAAGUGGAAGAUGAGCGAGUUAAUUGCCAUGUGUGUUCAAGAAGAAGAGAAGCUUAAAGCUGAAAACCCUGAUAUCGCUCACCUUACCACCAUGGGUCCAACCAAAAAAAUAUCAAGAAAGGCAAAAGGAUACCUUACAAGUCGGAAACUAAAUAAAGGACAACGAACCAUUACGGUUGGGAAUGGAAUAGAAGUGGAUGCUGAGGCUAUUGGCAUCCUCUAUCUAAUUUUAGACUCUGGUUUCAUUUUAGAUUUAGUAAACACAGUUUAUGUUCUUGUUUUUACUAGAAACCUAAUUUCUGUUUCACAACUUGAUUCUUGUGAUUCCACUUAUGCACAAUCUCUUUUAUCCUUUCAUCUAAACGACUCGGUAAAUAAAAAAAGAAAGCGAGUGAAUGAAAAAUCAUCCAUGUUGUGGCAUAAGCGCUUGGGUCACAUAUCAAGAGAAAGGAUGGAACAUCCUAUUAAAGACGGAAUUUUAAGUUCACUUGAUUUUUCUGAUUUUAGUACUUGUGUGAAUUGCAUUAAAGGGAAAUACACAAAGACAAAGAAAAAGGGUGUUACUAGGACUACUGAAUUAUUAGCCACAAUUCAUAUUGAUAUAUGUAGUCCCUUUACUGUUCCAACUAUUUAUAGACAUAAACAUUUUAUUACUUUUCUUGAUGACUUUUCUAAGUAUACUUAUGUGUAUCUUAUUUGUGAAAAACCAGAAGCACUGGAUAUAUUCAAUCUCUAUAAAGCUGAAGUUGAAAAUCAACUAGAUAGACAGAUUAAAAGUGUAAGAUCUAAUAGAGGCGGUGAAUAUUAUGGUAGAUUCACUGUGUCGGGUCAAAAUCCAAGUGGUUUUGCUUUAUUUGUAGCUGAGAAUGAUAUUAUUGCUAACUACACAUGA